UUGGACGAUCUUCAACAAGAUGUGUUGAAAAGUGAACGCAUGUCACUUCUUUUCACCAUGGGCACGCAUCACCGCUGUAUUACCGUCAUCUUUAUCACCCAGAAUCUCUUCGGCCAAGGUAAAAAUGCCCGUACGAUAGCCCUUAAUACGGGCUACACCGUGGCUUUCGGCAAUGUACGCGGUGCCGACCAGAUAGCUCAUUUAGCUAGACAAUUAUUCCCGGGAAGGUCGCGGAUCAUGAUAGACGCCUUCGCCGAUGCAACCAGAGCCCCCUAUGGAUAUUUAGUGAUAGAUACGACGCCUAAAAGUGAACCGGAAACGAGGCUGCGCACGCACAUAUUCCCGGGAGAGGAUGUGGUGAUCUACCCUACAUCGUCAUAAAAACAGUUGUGCUACGUGGAAUCUGUCAGUUAAAUAUGCGUUACCGGAUGAGUCGGAUGAGAACGGCGGACUACCUGGGACUGUCUUACUUCCUGUUGAGUAAAUACUUUUAUUUGCUUUUGUUUCUUAGAUGGAGAUGAAACAUGAAUAGUAGAAAAACUGUGAUGAUCCCCUUUGAACGUUAUCAAAGGCUUUUACGAAAUUCCGACCGAGAUAGCAAACAAGAAGAAGAACAGAUUAGCGUUACUACUAAAGAAAGCAACGAGGAACCAUUGGGGAAUAAAUUAAGUGAUACAGCGUCGAAACUAUCGGGUUCCAAGACAUUGGACAUUGAUAAAGCUGAUACUGAAAAGGAUUCUGUAGCUUUACCCAAAAGAAAGGAGACCGUCAUCAUUCCGCCUGGUAUACCAGAUAGGACGAAGAAACGAAAAUCGACGAAACCUAGGGACGUGACCGUCCCAUUGAAAAAAGGAAAACGAGAUCCAAUUACUCCUCAAAGGGGCAGGGGCGCGGUAGCAGUCGCAGCAUCGACUAGUAAAACCAAGUGGAUAUCGCUCUAA